AGAGCAGUCACUCCUCGUAGACUCUCCAGCUCUGCUCGCCACCUGUAGGUCAGCUUCCACUCGCACAUCCACCUCCAUCUCCCACCAUGUCCACAUCUCUCUCGCGUCAAAGCAGGAGCUACAGCUCCUUCAGCAGCUCCAGCUCUGGGGCAUUAAGCCUGAGUGGAGGGAGGCAGUUCGUCGGAGGCGGCAUGACCCGCAUCUCCACCGCGGGCACCUUCCAGAACCGCACGCCCAGCGUGUAUGGGGGCGCGGGAGGUUUCGGGACCCGCAUCUCCCAGUCCACCAUGUUAUCUGGCUGGGGGUCCAACGAUGACACUUCAGUGAUCACCAACGAGAAGUUGACCAUGCAGAACCUCAACGACCGCCUGGCCUCUUACCUGGAGAAGGUGCGCUCCCUGGAGUCAGCCAACAGGAAGCUGGAGCUGCAGAUCAGAGAGUUUUAUGAGAGGAGAGCUCCGACUGCUUCCAGAGACUACAGCGCCUACUUCGCCACCAUCUCUGACCUCCAAGCUAAGAUCUCCAGGAAAUGCCAAGAGAAUCAAGGUGUCCUUCUGCAGAUUGACAACGCUCAACUGGCUGCUGAUGACUUUAAGAUGAAAUAUCAGAUGGAGAUGACAAUGCGUACGACGGUGGAGGUCGAUGUGCUUCGUCUCCGAGGAGUCCGUGACAGCUUGACUCUUAACAUCAGUGACCUGCAGCUGCAGAUAGAAAGCCUGAAAGAGGAGCUGGUGUACAUGAAGAGCAUCCACAAGGAGGAGAUGAGUCAGAUGAGGGUCCAGCAGUCUGGUGCUGUGAAUGUAGAUGUGGACAGUGCCGAGUCUGUUGAUCUGACCAAGGUCCUGCAGGAAGUCAGGGAGCAGUAUGAAGCUGUGGUUGUGAAGAACAAGCAGGAACUCGACAAAUGGUUCCAGUCUAAGGUUACUUCUCUCCAGUCGGACAUCACCUCUUGGACAGUAGAGGUGAAGACAUCUUACUCUAAGCUGUCAGAGCUGAAGAGGACCUACCAGAGUUUGGAGAUAAAUCGGCAAAGUGUCCGCACAGAGCUUCAGUGCCUGCAGCAGAAUCUGGAAGAAGUGAAGAGUCGAUACGGCUCUCAGCUCAGCCACCUGCAGAUGACCAUUAACAGGCUGGAGGUAGAGCUGCAGCAGCUGAUAGCCUCCAUCGAGCAGCAGCAAGCUGACUACAAGCUGCUGCUGGACAUCAAGAUGAGGCUGGAACUGGAGAUCGCAGAGUACAGGAGGCUGCUGGAGGGAGAGCACGUUGAGAAAAAGGCUAUCGUCAUCAGCAAGGUGGUGGAAAAAGUGGAGGAGCAUAAACCUCACAUCGAGAGGAGAGUGAAGACCAUCGUGGAGGAGAUUGUUGAUGGAAAGGUGGUGUCCUCCGUUGUUGACACCCAAGUGGAGGACCUUCAGUAACACCUCUACUCACCUCUGCUGCAACAACACUUACAUUUUUAGAAUGAUUUGGCCCAUAAGUAGUCUUUAAUAAACUCCUGUAAUAUCUGCUUAAUGAAUAAUUAAGUCAACGGGUAAUGUACUUAGUGUAUGUACUUACUCUACAUGAUCUUAAAAACGCACUUUUAUUUGUUGAGGCGAUUACCUUGGCAUUUUCUUUCAUUUCUUUUGAUUGCGUCAUAUAGCAACGGUUGCAGCAAGUGAUGAUCUUUCCUUGGCAGCUGCUCACUGUGAUAAGUGUGAUUAAACAUGAUUAAAGGCCAGAAAACAAAGAUGGAGAUGUGAUUUUUAAUU